CUCUCUGUCUUUUUCUGUCUCUUUCUUUUUCGCUCCUCCUUAUCCUGUCAUGGUUGGGACGAGGCGGAAAAGCAAGGCUGCCGCUGCCGCCGCCGUCGCGCUGCCUUCUGACGACCACGACGGUGCAUCCACAACGCACACCGACGACUCACACCACGCAUUCAAUGUGUCCAUCCCCAUCGACGUCGACAUUGACGCGCUCUCAAAUAUAAUCCCAGACGUCUCCUUCUCCUCGCCUACACCUGAAACGAUAGUCUCAGUCUAUAGGAUCCUUCUCGGUCAAUUUGCAGACGCUGACAUCACGCGACGCGAGCUCGAGGAGGCGCGCGCUGAGGUCGAGCGCAAGGAUGUCGAGCUCGACCAAGCUAUCCAGGACAGGGAUGGUCAGACGAAGGAUUUGGAAGGCUCCCUCGAAGAGGCACAUGGGCAGCUCGAACAGGUCAAGAAGGAACGCGACCAACUUGCGACCUCCAAGAAUGAACUGCAGACGCAGCUUUCGAUGCUUACUAACUCGCAGUCGUCCUCAUCUGUCGAGCUCGACCAGUAUCGCCACCGGGUCGAGGAUGCCGAACGGGAAAAGCGAGACAUGAUCAGUGUUGUCAGCAGGCUCAAGGAAGACGCGUCGCAACGAGAUGAGGAAAUUCAAACUCUUCGCUUAAAUCUCAAACAGGCUCGUCAGGAGUACCAGGGCCUAGAGACGCAAGUAAGAGAGCUGCGCUCGACGGAGACCUCCACCAAGUUCAAACUCGACACGACCACCCAGCAGCUCCAGCUCGCUCAGAAAGAAGCCGAACGCGCCUCCCAAGAGCUCACCGCCAAGACCGAAGACUAUGCCCAAUACCGCCGCACCAAGCACUCGGAGCUUGCCCAGCUGCAAGCGUCCAUGGACGCGCUCACGCAGACGCACGCAUCGCUCGAGAGCUCCUUCAAAGCGCUCCAGUCCUCGCACAGUGCGCAGUCGCACCAGCUCUCACAGGCCCUCGCGACCGUGCAGGACCUCAAGAGCCAGAUCGCCGAGCAAGAAGCCGCGUUCGCGAGCGAGGUGUCUGGGCUGCGCCGGCUCGUGGGCAUCAUGGAGGAGCGCGAGAAGACGGCGAAGGGGAUUGUCGAGUCGAUCGAGCAGGAGUGGGCACGUGUGGGCGACCGCGCGGAGAAGCGCGAGGCGGCACUCAGGGCGGAGACGGAGCGGGAGCGCAAGGCGCGCGGGGACGCGGAGAAGAGGGCGGACCAGCUCGAGGCGGUUUUGGAGCGCAUUAAUCGAGGGGACUUGCCGCUUCCUGGUGUCAAUGGAGGCGCACCUGGGACACCUGGGACGCCCGGCACGCCUGUGAGGAACGUGGACCCGAUGGCGGACGGCAUGUAUGGGCUCAGCCCGACGGUCGCGAUGGUCAGCAAGGCGCAGCGGGGUGGGAAGACGUUCACGGAGGUGUAUGCCGACUAUGUCCGUUUGCAGGAGGAGUUCGCGAAGAAGUCGGCCGAGUACGACCACAUGGACCGGACAUUGUCUGCUGUACUCGCCCAGAUCGAGGAGCGGGCCCCUAUCCUGUCUCAGCAGCGCGAUGAAUACGAGCGCCUCCAGUCCGAAGCCGCGCAGCUCGCUUCACAGCUCUCGAGCGCGUUGUCCGAGCGCGACGCGAACGCCUCCGCGCUGACGGAAGCCUCGCAGAAGCUCAAGAAAAGCGCGGACGAGAACAAGCUGCUCACCGACAACCUCAACGAUCUCGGCCGCCAAGUCCAAGCGCUCCUCAAAGAGCUCGGCCGGCGCUCGGAUUCGUCCAUCCCCGACUCGGACGAGGAGCUCGAGUCCCUCGACCUCCCCGCGCCGCAGCUGGAAAACGACAUCGACGCGGUGAUCACGAACAACCUCGUCUUGUUUAGGUCGAUACCGGAGCUGCAGGAGCAGAACCGGAAGCUGCUGAAGGUCGUGCGGGAGAUGGGCGCGAAGAUGGAGGCGGAGGAGAGGGAGUACAGGGACCAGCUUGAUCAGGAGCAGAGCGAGGCGGUGCGCGAGGCGCAUGAGGCGAUGCGGGAGCUCGCUGAGCAGCUGGAGAGGCAGAAGAGGAGUGCGGAGGUGACGAUUCAGGCAUACAUGAAGGAGCGGGACGCGCUGAAGAGCAUGCUUGCGCGCGAGGGUCGUGGCAGCGGUGUAAGUGUGGGUGCGGGCGUGGGCGCCGCAGGUGUGGGAGACGUGGUGAUGGGCAACGGGCACGGGUACGGAGGCGGGGCAAACGGCAAUGGCAUCGGGGAUGCGUCGGUGGAGCUGGAGGAGGUGCAGGCGCAGUUCGAGUCGUACAAGACCGAGAUGGGCAUCGAUGCGGGCCGGCUCCGGGAGGAGCUUACCGCGGCGCAGCGCGAGGUCGGCGGGCUCAACGCGAGCCUCGCCAAGGCCAACGCGAAGAUUGAAUACCUCACUGAUCGCCAGCGGAUGUGCCAGGAGCAGCUCUCUCUACAGAGCCGCGACCUCGACAACCUGCAGAAACGGAACCAGCAGCUGUACGACCAGUACACGCGCAUGGACGUUGAGUGCCACCGCGCAUCGGACGAGCUCGUCACCGCCAACAGCCGCGUCGAGCAGCUGCGCAAUGAGAACGCGAACUUGCGCGCCGAGAAGCGCAUCUGGGAGGGCGUCCAAUCGCGUCUGGAGGAGGAGAACAAGAGUCUCGCGGUGGAGCGCUCGAGGCUGUCGGACCUCAUCUCGAACGUGCAGAAGAUGCACAACGACCUCGAGCGUUCGAACGAGAACGACCGGCGGAGACUCGAGGGCCAGGUGCAGCUUCUUGAGAGCCAGGCUCAGGACCUGAAGACGCAGCUCAGCCAGGAGCGCGACGCGGUCCGACAUGUGACGCUGCAGAAGGAUGUGGAGUGCAAGGAUCUGCAGGGUAGGCUCGACAAGACGAACGAGCUGCUCUCCGGGACGCGCGCGACGCUCGCCGGUGUGGAGUCGACGAAGAGCCAUUUGCAGGAGCGUGUCGAUUUCCUCACGCGCCAGCUACAGGGCAACGAGGAGAAGCUCGCGGUCUACGAGCGCAGGGGUGGCAGCGGUAGCAACGGGAACGGGGAUGCGGCUGCGCGGGCGAUGGACGAGGAUUUGCCGCGAGAGCAACAGCUUGAGCAGGAAGUUGCUGAGCUACGCUCUGCUCUCAAGGUUGCCGAGGUCGACUUGGCUUCUGCGCGCAGCCAUAUGCAGCAGUUCCAGGAGAUUAGCCAGGCGAACGAGGCUGCUCUGUCUGCGCUCAACACCACUCACGAUCAGUACAAGGCCGAGACUGAAGCGAGACUUGUCAAAAACGAGGCCGAGUACAAGGCUCUACAAGAGAAGCUGCGCGAGGCCGAAGAGGAGCUCAAGCGCACCAACGCCAAGUACGCGGAGUUACAGAACGCGUUCGAGACGGAGCGCGCCACCUGGGCGAACGACAAGAAGACGCUCGAGGAGACGAUCGUGGAUAUCAGCUCGCAGGAGAAGAACUCGGAGAGCGAUCGCGCACUGAAAGAAAACGAUUUCCGGCAGCUCGAGCAGCGCGCCGUUGCCGCAGAGGAGCGCUACUCUCGCGAGGUUGUCACCCACGCCGAGUCUAUCAAGGUUAUCGACGGUCUUAAGCAGCAGUUAUCAGCAGCCCAAAUGACAGCACGGGACAGCUCGCUGUCUGCUGCUAACGCUCAAGCGAAGCUCGAGUCGGCCGAUGGCAGCUGGAAGCAGCAGAAGGAGGCGUUGGACAAGGAGAUCUCGGACCUGAACGCACGCUGCAAGGAUCUCGCCGCACAGAACACGCUUCUCCACCAACAUCUCGAAUCCGUCAGCUCGCAGGCUGCACGCAUCCGCCAGGCCGCAGACUCAACCACCGCCGAAGGCCAGUCAGCUGAUGAUGCAUCGGGCGACGUCGACACCAAAGUAUCCGAGCUCCGUUCCGUCGUCGCAUACCUGCGCAAGGAGAAGGAGAUUGUCGAUCUACAGCUCGAGCUCAGCCGGCAGGAGAACCUCCGGCUCAAGAACCAGAUCGAGCACCUCAGUCUGUCGCUGUCUGAGACGCGCACGACGCUCGCCGAGGAGCGGCAGAAGGCACUCGAGGCGGCGACGUCGGACUCGCAGCACGCGGAGCUCAUCGAGCGCAUCAACCAGCUCAACAUCCUGCGCGAGAGCAACGCGACGCUGCGCGCGGACUGCGAGAACUACGCGAAGCGAUCGAGGGAGCUGGACGCGAAGGUGAAGGAGCUGUCGGCACAGCUGGACCCUGUCAAGGAGGAGGCGCGGUCUGCGAAGGCCGAGCUGGGCGCACGCGCUGGGCAGAUUUCGAGGCUUGAGGAGGAAAACAGAAGGUGGCAGGAGAGGAAUCAGCAGCUGCUGAGCAAGUACGACCGCAUCGACCCUGCCGACAUGCAAUCCCUCAAGGACGAGAUCCAGGCGCUGCAGACCCAAAAGGCGGAGUUCGACAGCCUCACAGCGGCCAAGGACUCACAGAUUGCGGACCUGAGUGCCAAGGUAGUUGUGGCACAGGGCGAGGCGACCAAGCACAUGGAGAACAUGAAACGCAACACCGGCAUCAUGAAGCGGCGACUUGACGGCUUCAACGCCGACAAGAAACAACUGGAAACCACUGUUGAGGAUCUCAAGAAGCAGAUUGAGACGCUCACCGCGGAGAAGUCAGCCGUCAACGCUGCGGAGAAUUCUUCUGUGGAGGCGACGAACGCGCUGAAUCAGCAGCUGGAGACGCUGAAGCAGGAGAAGCAGACGCUGGAGAAGACGUUGGCGGAGGAGCGUGAACGGUAUGCUGCCGCUGCAGCAACACAGCAGCCACCGCAGGAUUCGACAGAGCAGACUGUGCUCAUUGAUUCAUUGCGCCAGGAACGCGACCAGCUUCUGUCAGAGAAGGAGUCGUGGAAACAAGGUGUUGCUCCUGUUGCUGAGACAAACGGAACCUCGGAGGAUCUCGUCAAGGCACGGGAUGAGGCCCUUGCUCAGGCCAAAAAAGCAUCCGAAGACGCACAGAAGGCCCAGGAAGAGGUUAGGAACAUUCGCAACUCCAACGAAAAAUUCCAAAUGCGUAUACAAGACAUGCAAAAAGCUCGGGAGCGCACUGCUUCUGAACAGGCCAACGCCGUCACUGCGGCCGUGGAGAAGGUCCGAAAUGAGCUUGCGAGUUCAAGUGCUCCUAGCGAUGACGAGACGGCCAAAAAGCAUGCGGCGGAGCUAGAGGCUCUCCGUGUGCAACUCGUUGCUCAGCACGAAGCAAAACUCAAAGAAGCUGUCGACGCCGCCGUCGCCGUUGCCAAAGCAGGAGCCCCUCCCACGGAUGCCUCUUCGCAGGAGGCCAUUGACGCAGCCGUCAACGCUCGUAUGGAAGAAGUCACUGCCAAGCAUAAUGAAGAGAUCACCGCUGCAGUUGAUCGUGGCCGCAUGGAACAGGCUGCAAAGAGCAAGAUCAAGGAUGCCCAACUCGUGCGCUCCCAGACCAAGCUCAAGGAACUCGAGGCGCAGAUCGCAGGAUGGCGAGAGGCCGGGCUGGUUCCCGAAGCACCCGCUUCAGCCGUUCCGGCAGGUAAAGCGGGUCCUUCAGGCACGGCUGCGAAACCCGCUGGUACGGCUGCUGCUCAGAGCGGCCAAGCAACCAGGCUCGCGGCUCCUAUCCCGGCCAAGCCAGUAACAGCACAAGGGGGCGUGACGGCUCCUACGGCCUCGUCGGCCGCCAGAGCCACUGGCGGCGGCGUACCGCUAGGCACAGCCGGUGCUGCAGCGAGGGGUCGUGGCAUAGCUCGCGGCGCUGGACGUGGUACUGCCGGCCGCGGACUCUCAAUCAGAGGUGCAGCACCUGGCAGGGGUGGGGCACCCGCAGCAGCAGCAGGGACGACGUCCGCUGCUGGAGGGGCAGCAGCUGCACCGACGGAGGGCGUAUCCAUCAUGGGUGCUGCCAACAAGCGUGGGCGGGAAGAUGAUAACACCGAGGACUCACUCGCAAAACGUCUCCGUCCCGAAGGAGCUGCAACGGCUGCCGGUGCCGGUGCUGGGAGCAACAAACCGCCUGUGACGCUUCGUCGGCCUCCGCCAGCAUCAUAACCGUUGACAAUGUUCGUUCGCGCUGCGUGUGGAUAGUUUUACAGUACUUAGCACCUCCCUGUUAGAUUUUCUUGCUUACAAUUUUAUGUAUUCUUAGCUUAGCUUACAACAUAUCCUCGUUAUUGCAUCUUGCCCAACAUUGCACAGUACGUACUGCAUUUUUACACAUCUUCAGAUUUUUUUGUUGCCACCAAGUCUUUCGUAUGGACAGAAAUUGAGACUAUCUAGCGCGGUUGUACCGACGUUAUUUUACCGUAAGCUAAGC